GGAAAAAGGAGAAAAGGAAAUAUCAGAAGAAUUAUCGAAAAAGUUAACUAACUAUUCUAAUCCAAGGAGAUAAUAGUUAUAAGUAUUUCACACACACAUCACUACCACAACCCCUGUUCCAAAUGACGCAGCCAGAUCGCGUCCGCGCGCAAAAAAAGUUAUCAACGAAUGAGGGGGGAAAAGAUUUAGAUGCGAGUAGGGAAUCACAACCACAAUCAAAAUCACAAUCACAAUCACAAUCACAACCACGAUUACAAUUACCAACACCGCCAUCCUCCUACACACCCACACCAUCACGCUCCCCAUCUCCAUCUCCAUCUCCAUCUCCACCUCCACCUCCAUCCACGCAAACGCAAACGCAAACGCAAACCCCCACCCCAACCCGCAAACAAAAACGUCGGGCCCUGCUCGCCAAAUCUCUCGCCCUCUCACUCCACACCUCCAGCUUUCCCGAUUCCAAUCCCGAAAGCGAUGUCCCUAGCAGCACGACCAUCCAACUCUCACCUUACCAUCUAACACCCAACAUGGCCACCCCCACGCGCCUCCUCAUCUGCUCCAUCGGCAACCCCGCCCCCUACACCAACACGCUGCACUCAGCCGGACACACAAUCCUCACACUCCUCGCGCCCGCGCUCUCGCACCCGCCCUUCCAAAAAUCGCGCUCGCACGGAAACGGUCUGCUAUCCCCUGGCUUCACGUACACGCUGUGGAAAUCCAGCUCUCUGAUGAAUGUUUCCGGGGUGGGGGUUACAUCCGCCUGGACGAGUUUCCAGCGGGAAGCGUCUUCUGCGGAUUGCAAACUGGUUGUGAUACAUGACGAACUGGAAUUGCCAGCGGGAAGAAUAAAUGUGAAGCCGGGGAGCAAUAGUCCCAAGGGUCACAAUGGGCUGAAGAGUAUUCGGGAUACGUUACGGGGCCAACCUUAUACGCGGAUUGGGGUGGGCAUUGGGAGGCCGGAGAGUAGGGAUGCGGGAGUCGUGGCGAAUUAUGUGUUGAGGAAGAUGAGUGCUGAGGAGAAGAGGAAAAUUGAGGGGUGUGUGGGAAAGGUUCUCGAGGAGCUGGCGAGGUUGAGUGGAGAGUAGACAGGUCAGAGGUUAAUUGAAUGGUGGUAUAUGAAUGAUUGAGAAGGUAUGGUACA